CGAACACUCCCACAGCGCUUUCGUCAUCAGAGGGGUCCUUCGUCUCCUCGGUGAACACGUGUUCUCCAGGAGCGGCGGCGGCAGCAGAUCUCCGUUAACGGCGCCGCGAUGAUGGGCGGCAAACCGAGCGCGAUCGCCGCGGGCGUCUGCGGCGCGCUCUUCAUCGGGUACUGUAUCUAUUUCGACAGAAAGCGACGCAGCGAUCCGAACUUCAAAACCAGACUGCGUGAACGGAGGAAGAAACAGAGAGCUGCUCAAAAUAAAUGUGGACUUGCUCAACUGCCAGAUCUUAAAGAUGCAGCAGCCGUGCAGAAGUUCUUCCUGGACGAGAUCCAGCUGGGCGAGGAGCUGCUGGCGCAGGGAGACUAUGAGAAGGGUGUUGAUCACCUGACCAACGCCAUCGCCGUCUGCGGCCAACCACAGCAGCUCCUGCAGGUGCUCCAGCAGACUCUGCCUCCACCCGUCUUCCAGAUGCUGCUCACCAAACUGCCCACGAUCAGUCAGCGGAUCGUGAGCGCUCAGAGUCUGGAGGAAGACGACGUGGAGUGAAACGUGACGUCUGCUGAUCUUCAGCUCUCUCUCUGGUAUUUCAUUCAUCGUGUUCAUUCCUGUGUUUGGUUGCACAGCACUCUCUGUCUGUUUCAUAGUUCAUAUAAAGAGGUGUUCUUUUUAUUCCAAACAUGAUUUCUUGUAACAAUCACAGAUGCAAACGAAAACAUCAAAUUAAGAGUUUAAUAUUUUACUGAUGAAGUGUUCGUAUGUUGCAGACACAAACACAAAGCAGUUCCUUUAAUGUGUGAUUUUAUAUAUUUUCCUCACAUUUAGUAGUUAAUCAUGUCAGUUUCGUGUGUUAUCUGCAAUGUUUUGUCUCUGAAUCGUUUUGAGUAUGAAAGUGUUUUGGGCACAUUUGUAAUUUGUAUGCACUUAACUUUGAGCGAUUGUAUUCAUUAAAUACUUUAAUCAAGAA